AUGAAACUGGAGAGUCUGAGCUGAGAGCAAGCUGUUUCCCUUCACAGGAACAUUAAACUGAGUUUAUUGAGACUUUCUUAACAACACUGGUGACAGAUGAGCAUGUUCGCGCAGUCCAAACCAAAGGGUGCAGACAUGUCUGCUGCCAGCAAUCUGCCACCUGAAGAUCAGUUUCUGUGCUCCAUCUGUCUGGAUGUGUUCACUGAUCCAGUCACCACACCAUGUGGACACAACUACUGCACAAAAUGCAUCACUCAGCACUGGGAUGUUAAUGUCACGUGCCAGUGUCCCAUGUGUAACAAGGUGUUCAAGACGAGACCUGAACUUCACGUCAACACCUUCAUCUCUGAGAUGGUCGCUCAGUUCAGACAUGAAGCUCAGCAGAAAUUCAGCAGCAGCAGCUCAAAGCAACAAGCUCUCAAACCAGCAGAAGUUCUCUGUGACGUCUGCACUGGAACCAAACUGAAGGCCCUGAAGUCCUGCCUGGUGUGUCUGACCUCCUACUGUCAGACUCACCUGGAGCCUCAUCUGACAGUGAAAGGUCUGAAAAGACAUCAGCUGAUGGAACCUGUGGAGAACCUGGAAAGCAGGAUGUGUAUGAAGCACGAUAAACAUCUGGAGCUGUUCUGUAAGACCGACCAGACAUGUGUCUGCACACUCUGCUCUGUUUUAGACCACAAGAACCAUGAGUUUGUUCCUCUGAGAGAAGAGUCUGAAGGAAAGAAGGCAGAGCUGAGGGAGACAGAGGCUGGAAUUCAGCAGAUGAUCCAGAAGAGACGAUUGAAGAUCGAGGAGAUCAAAGAGUCAGUGAAGAUGAGCAAAGAUGCUGCAGACAGAGAGAAAGGAGAAGGUGUUCAGGUCUUCACUGCUCUGAUGGAGUCUAUUAAAAAAGGCCUGAAGGAGCUCAUAAAGGAGAUCGAAGACAAACAGGAAACAGCAGAGAAACAGGCUGAAGGUUUUAUCAGAGAUCUGGAACAGGAAAUCUCUGAGCUGAUGAAGAGAAGCUCUGAGGUGGAGCAGCUCUCAUGCUCUGAAGACCACCUCCACCUCCUCCAAAGCUUCUCAUCCUUGAAAGCUGCUCCACCCACCAAGGACCGGACAAAGGUCAGCAUCCGUCCUCCAUCAUAUGAGGGGACUGUGGUGAGAGCUGUGGCUCAGCUGGAGGAGAGACUCAGGAAAGAGAAGAAGAAGCUGUUUGAGGCUGAGCUGAAGAAGGUCCAGCAGUAUGCAGUAGAUGUGACUCUUGAUCCUGAUACAGCAAAUCCUGAACUCAUCCUGUCUGAUGAUGGAAAACAAGUGAAUCAUGAGAGUGAGAAGAAGAAUCUUCCAGACAAUCCAGAGAGAUUUUCUCAGUGUCCCUGUGUUUUAGGAACUCAGAGUUUCUCUUCAGGCAGAUUUUACUUUGAGGUUCAGGUUACAGGAAAGACUGACUGGAUUUUAGGAGUGGCCAGAGAGUCGAUCAACAGGAAGGGAAAAAUCACUCUGAGUCUUCAGGAAGGCUGCUGGACUGUGUGGCUGAUAAAUGGAAAUUACUGCGCAGCUCAUGGUGUCCCUCCAGUCCGUCUCUGUCUUCAGUCUGCUCCUGAGAAGGUGGGGGUGUUUGUGGACUAUGAGGAGGGUCUGGUCUCCUUUUAUGAUGUAGAUGCUGCAGCUCUGAUCUACUCCUUUACUGGCUGCUCCUUCACUCAGAAACUCCACCCAUUCUUCAGUCCCUGUACUAAUGAUGGUGGUAAAAACUCUGCUCCUCUGAUCAUCACUCCUGUCAAUCAAACUGGAUAAACUAACAAAUUUCACUCAGAGAAUAAAAGUGUAAAUACAGUAAUGUUUACUGAGCUGAAUUAAGAUUUUGGGGGAUAUCAAUAUAUCGGCAUCAUAAAAAUUCAUUUAAAAUGAAGCCUAUCAAGUAAGGAAAAUGUAUUUAUAUACACCUUUCUAGAUAAAAGUCUCCUUUAGUUUUCAGUUUAGAGCGAGGAACCACCAACAGAUUUUGGUCAGCAGACCUCAGCGGUCUGUGUGUUAUGUAUGGGUGUAAUAGCUCGCUAAUGUACGCAGGCAUUUGAACAUGCAGAGCUCUGAAAGUGAUCACCAAGAUCUUAAACUGAAGUCUGAACUUUAUGGGGAGCCAGUGUAAAGAUGACAAAAUACCUGCAUCAAUGACUUCAGUGUAUAUGGACAAAAUUGCCUCGUUCACUAAUACUGUAUGUGCUCAAAAAUGUUUUUUGUUUGCAAAGAGAUGGAAAGUUAACCACGACUACAUUAGAACACAACUCGAUGUCAUCAGUUUCAUUAUUUCAUGUAU